UUGAGACAUGGAAAUUUAUUUUUUAAUCUCUAGCCAAUCAAAAUCAAUUGCUAAUUAUUGUUUAAAAGAUUCAUAUUUUUAUUGGCUCUUGACAUAUAUUGCACUAAAUGACAAAUAUACUCACGGGUCAAUUUCAAAUAUUGCUUUAUGUUGAUUUUCUAUAAUAUUUACAUACUCACAACCUCUGAAAGAAUAGUAACUGAAUCCCUACUAAUGGACCAGAAACUGCCAGAUAGAAGAAGAGUAACAUAACCAGAGGAAAUGUUCAAAUUAGAAAAUAAGCUUACACAUGUCAAUGCGUGCAUGUUAAGGUCUGAUUUCUGGAAUUGUUGUGGCCUUCCAUGAUGACUUCAUGAUGGCCCCUCCUGUCCCUGCCUCCUGACCAUGGUUUUCAAGUAGCCUGCCAGAACUGCUGCAGGAAUGCAGACCCAACUCACAUCUUACUCAGGCAAUUAGAGAUGGGGUUGCUAGGUAACCCAAGAAGGGGAGAACUACACUGGUCUGGGGAGAGAUAGGCCCAAGGGUCUUUGCACUCCUGUGGCCAUUUGUAUAUGAAUGUUCAACCUUCCUGGAAUGCUGGGGACAAUGUAAUGUCAAUUUGAGAAACCAAAAGUCUGUAUUGCACAUAGAAACAGCCACAGUUUGAUGGGAUCACUGCACAGUCCUCCACAGCAAUGUGUGCGUGAUUAUGAGAUCUUGAAAUCACUGAAAGACAAUUAUUAGGGUAGAAAUAUGCAUACCUGCAUUGUUCCAGUGGACAGCUACCUGUAUAACCAAAUGAGACAUUUAUUUACCACUGAAGGUGCCAAUAAGACAUUUUUGGGUCAGAUCCCUUGAAUCAUCUCAAUCCUUCAAGGGGUUUGUGAGCUUUUAAAAGGGAAAGCAUUGCCAUAGUAGAACUCCCUUCUAUAUUAUAGGAUGAGGAACUGAAUUUUCGAUAUGAAACACAUUUUCAAAUGUGGAUAUUUUCAUACAUUUUCUAAAAAUUGUGUUAUGCUAUGAAGGGGACACAUAAUGACAAAGUUUUUUUUCUCCUGAGGCAAUUGGGGUUAAGUGACUUGCCCAGGAUCACACAACCAGGAAGUGUUAAGUGUCUGAGACCAUAUUUGAACUCGGGUCCUCCUGACUUCAGAACUGGUGCUCUAUCCACUGCACCACCUAGCUACCCCAUGAUAAUUGUUUUAAAAAGAAAUAAUUAUUAGCUGUCUCAAAAAAAGUAAUGUGCCAGUACAAAAUCACUUUUGAUAUAAGUUAUAAUCAGGUAUAAGUUGCAAAUUGUUUUGUUACAAAUAACAAGUGGGGUAGCCUUCUGAAUAUGACCUCACAUAGUGUAAUAGAAAAAAAAUAAAAUUGAGAGUGAUCAUCAUGGAAAUUUGUUAUGGUUACAAGUAGGAUGGAUCAUAAAAUAACUUGAGUAUGUAGUAUAUAUGCACCACAUGACAUAUCUAUGGAAAAAGCAUUGAACGUACAAAUAAUGAAAGGGAAAGGGAAAAAUUGAGAAUGGAGAUCAUUUGUCACGUACUGUACCCAAACCAUACUCAUUCACAGGAUGUAAAUCCUCAUCUAAGCUGCUGGGAUUUAGGUUAAGGCACUCAGUCAUUGUGACCUGAGUUGUGCACCUAAUCAGAAUGAAGGCACUUUCAGUGUUUUCAUAGGUUUAUUCUGGGUUUCCACUAUAAGUGUGCAUGAAGCUCCUUAAAAAAUAAAUUAUGUUUGGAAUGUAAAAUAAUGAGAUUUAAAUUUAUUGCUUCUGCUCAUUUAGAAUUUUUCUCUUUGCCUAGAAAAAAACAAAAUAACUGAGUUUCUCUUCUGCUCAUGGAGGGAAGGGGAUAUAAAUCAAUAAACAAACAUACAUACAUAUAUAUAUAUCCUGUUCAUGUUUAUAUUUCUUUGUUUGGUGUUUGCUUUCUUUCUUUCUUUUUUUUUUUGGAAACAGAGAUCAGACUUGGAAUGAAGGACACUCCUGCAGAGCUAAGCCAUUCUGUGUUCGAAACUCACAAGCAAAGACUCAUGGGUGAUGGUCCCUGUGACUUGAUUUGGAGAGAAAUCUGCACAUCACAGGAGAGAAUCCAAAUUAGAGAGAGACACUAUGAAGAUAACCAAUGUGGAAAAGGUUUUAUAAAAAAGGAAACUUUAAUUGUACAUCAGAGAAUCCACACUGGAUGGAAGCCUUAUGAAUGUAACCAAUGUGGGAAAGCUUUUCUAAAAAGAGGAAUUCUUACUACACAUCAGAGAAUCCACACAGGAGAAAAACCUUAUGAAUGUAAUCAAUGUGGGAAGGCUUUUAGACAUAAGAACAGUCUUACUGACCAUCAGAGAAUCCACACUGGAGAGAAACCUUAUGAAUGUAAACAAUGUGGAAAGACUUUGGCAAGCAAGGAGAGUUUUAUUAUACAUCAUAAAAUCCACACUGGAGAGAAACCUUAUGAAUGUAACCAAUGUGGAAAGACUUUUACAUGGAAGAAUAGUUUUGUUAAACAUCAGAGAAUCCACACUGGAGAGAAAGCUUAUGAAUGUAACCAGUGUGGAAAGACUUUUAUACAAAAGGGAGCUCUUACUAUACAUCAGAGAAUCCACACUGGAGAGAAACCUUAUGAAUGUAACCAAUGUGGAAAGACUUUUACAUGGAAGAAGACUUUUAUUACACAUCAUAGAAUCCACACUGGAGAGAAACCUUAUGAAUGUAACCAAUGUGGAAAGACUUUUACAUGGAAGGAUAAUUUUAUUAAACAUCAUAGAAUCCACACUGGAGAGAAACUUUAUGAAUGUAAACAAUGUGGAAAGGCUUUUACCAAAAGGGAAACUCUUACUGUACAUCAGAGAAUCCACACUGGAGAGAAACCUUAUGAAUGUAAUCAAUGUGGAAAGACUUUUGCAUGGAAGAAGACUUUUAUUACACAUCAUAGAAUCCAUACUGGAGAGAAACCUUAUGAAUGUAACCAAUGUGGAAAGACUUUUGCAUGGAAGGAUAAUUUUAUUAAACAUCAUAGGAUCCACACUGGAGAGAAACUUUAUGAAUGUAAACAAUGUGGAAAGGCUUUUACCAAAAGGGAAACCCUUACUGUACAUCAGAGAAUCCACACUGGAGAGAAACCUUAUGAAUGUAACCAGUGUGGGAAGACUUUUGCAAGCAAGGAAAGUUUUAUUACACACCAUAAAAUCCACACUGGAGAGAAACCUUAUGAAUGUAACCAAUGUGGGAAGACUUUUACACAAAAGGGAGCUCUUACUGUACAUCAGAGAAUCCACACAGGAGAAACACCUUAUGAAUGUAGCCAGUGUGGAAAGACUUUUACACAAAAGGGAGCUCUUACUGUACAUCAGAGAAUCCACACUGGAGAGAAACCUUAUGAAUGUAACCAAUGUGGAAAGACUUUUGCAUGGAAAAAUAGUUUUAUUAAACAUCAGAGAAUCCACACUGGAGAGAAAGCUUAUGAAUGUAACCAGUGUGGAAAGACUUUUACACAAAAGGGAGCUCUUACUGUACAUCAGAGAAUCCACACUGGAGAGAAACCUUAUGAAUGUAACCAAUGUGGAAAGACUUUUGCAUGGAAGAAUAGUUUUAUUCAACAUCAGAGAAUCCACACUGGAGAGAAAGCUUAUGAAUGUAAACAGUGUGGAAAGACUUUUACACAAAAGGGAGCUCUUACUGGACAUCAGAGAAUCCACACUGGAGAGAAACCAUAUGAAUGUAACCAAUGUGGAAAGACUUUUACAUGGAAGAAUAGUUUUAUUAAACAUCAGAGAAUUCACACUGGAGAGAAACUUUAUUAAUGGAAACAAUGUGGAAAGACUUUUGCAUGGAAGGAGACUUUUAUUAAACUUCAUAGAAUCCACAUUGGAGAGAAACAUUAUGAGUGUAACCAGUGUGAGAAGACUUUCAAAUAUAAGACUAAUCUUCUACAUGAGAGAAUCCACACUGGAGAGAAACCAUAUGAAUGUAACCAGUGUGGAAAGACUUUUACAAAAAGAGUAUCUCUCACCAUACAUCAGAAAAUCUACACUGGAGAGAAACUUUAUGAAUGUAACUAUGUAAAGGCUUUUACAGAAAGGAAAGUUCUUACUAUGCAUCAGAGAAUCCACACAGGGGAGAAAUCUUACCUGUGUAACUACUCUGGAAAGACUUACACAAAAAGGAGCUCUUACUGUUCAUCAGAGAACCCACACUGGAGAGAAACCUUAUAAGUGUAACCAAUGUAGAAAGGCUUUUACAGAAAGGAAAGUUCUUAUUGAACAUCUGAGAAUCCACACUGGAGAGAAGCCUUAUGAAUGUAACCAGUGUGGAAAAGCUAUUAGACAAAAGGGAACUCUUACUAAACAUCAAAGAAUCCACACUGGAGAGAAACCUUAUGAAUACAACCCAUAUGGAAAGGGUUUUAUAUAAAAAUCUGACUGUUAGUUGCCAGUUCUGUGAAAAAAUAUAAAGGUAUUAAAAUAAGGAGGAAAAUGAAUUAGGGAGAGAAUCCUGGGAGAAGAUGUGGUAGUGCUGAUGCCUUUUGUAUUUGGCCAGCUCUAACUAUAACACUAUGGGGAGAGUCAAGAAUGGAAAAUAAAAGAGGACUAGAGGGGGCUGAUAACUUCUUAGGAAUAUUGGAUCCUUCUUUGCCACCUGGUCACCUACUUGAAAGACAGCAUGGCAAAAUGGAAAGAUCACUAUAUUUGGAGUCAGGCCAUGGGUUGAAAUUCUGGUUCUGCAACUCUGGGCUUGGGAAAGUAAUUUAAUUUGACUGGAACUCAGUGCAUUUAGACUAGAGUUAGGCUCUGUCCCCACCCUAAAUCCUUUAAGAAGCCAAAGAAGAGUUUUUAAAUGAAUCCUAUGCCUCAAUGCCAAUUAUUACUGGUUCUCAGCUUCAGAUUAGGGGUAAUGACUCAAAUGAUUUCAUUAAGCCUUCUGUAUGUGAUUUGGCAGUUUGGAAGAGGCAAGAAGAUAUCAGCAAUUCUAAAUCUAGAUGUCUGUUGAUUUAGGAAACUUGCACAUCCUUCCUAAAUAAACAAUUCUGUGCAACUAAUGAAAUAGAUUUCUUGCUAUAUUUGUUCAGGCAGAAGAUAUUUUAUUAAGAUGCUUUUAAGAAUGAAAGAUUUCAACUCUAAGGUUUCAUCACAAAUUCAUCAAAUUGAUACUGAUAAUUCCAAAAGCUGGAAAUAGUAUAGUGGAGGGAGGGGUAUCAAAUUAGACAUAUAGCUAUGAAUUGAUAAUCCAACUAUUCUGAAAGUCAUUUUGUAUCAGGAUUUAUUAAAAGAUGACCAAAUGUUCAUACUUUGAGAUAAAAAGACCUUAUAGAAAGGCAUGAAUUCUAAGGAAGUGAGGGAAAGAAGGAUUCCAUCUACACUAAAAUAUUCAUUGCAGUGGAUUUUUUUUUUGUUUAAUUUAGUUUUUUGGUUGUAAAUAAAAAAUUGAUGAUUUUUAAUUGGAGAAUGUUUAAACAAAUUAUGAUAAUGAACACAUUGGCAUAUUGAGCCACAAGAAAAACUGGAUAGAAAGAAUUCAAAGAAGUAUGGGGAUUUGUAAAUGAAUGGAGAUAGACUGAAUUGAGCAAAAGCAAGAAAAACUAGCUACAUGGUGAUUCCUCAAAUACGCAGAUAUCCUAAUCAAUGAUUGCUUCAAUUUGAAAUUCUUCCAACAAUGUAAAUCCAGCAAUGUCUGUCUGUCCAUCCUGUGCGCCUUUUGCCUAUGUUUCACAUGAGUUCAUCACAGAGCAUUUAUCCUAUGUUAUGGAGUCCUUCCUUACUUUCUCCUACGAUCUCAAGAGCACUUGUGGAAUAUUCUGGCUAUCCACUCAUCAGCCCUCUUCCUUACCAUGUGACCAGCUCCUCUUUUCUUCUUGUCCCAUAAUUCUUUAAUGUGAAGAAUGAGCAAUGCCAAUUAUCCCAAUAGAGGACACCCAGAAAAUUCACAAAGUGCACUGGUCAGCAAACAUCUGACUCCCUUAACAAAUGGAGAGAGGCAGCUGCCAGAGAUGUUACCAACUGGGUUAUAAAUGAAUUUAUGAAAUCUUUUAACUUUGUAAUCUGUCUGUGCUAACAGUGGAAAAACACAACUUUGGGACCUUACAAUCUGUCAGUUGUUGAUAGGUUGAUACAUUAGGCAGAAAUGGGGGACCAUCACCAGUUGUCUUGACUUAUAUCUUGCCACUGGGCUCAGAUGGUCCUGAAGGAUGGAGUAAGGCUAAUGACUUUGCCCAGUUUUAUCUCACUUACAUCCAAGUCACUUGCAAAUCAAGACAUCACUUGCUGAUGGCAUCAACCCUCUUUGAGAACAAAAGAACAAAAACAAUCUUCAGGUGAAAAAGCUCAUGAGUUCAAAAGUUCAUCAUUCCUCUCAAUUAGAAGCAAAAGUUCAGUUUUCCCAUCAGUCACUUUUAAUUGCAAGAAAACUGGCUUAAGUUGAAAAGUACAUUAUGUUUACAAAACAUUUAAAUUCCAAAGAAAUUGUUAUCUCAGCACCACUUGCAAAUCAUUUCAUGUCCAGGAAAUUUAUUAUUUUCUAUAUGUUUUACUAUUGUGAUUUUGUUCUAGAGGAUCUGUUGUUCUCUGUACUAGCCAAGAUGGUACCAUUCCUGGAAAUGCUGUCUCUAGGUAUUUUUGUACAAUUGGAGGAAAUUUGCUGUUGCUUAUUUCUGCAAGAUCCAGGUAGAGAGUAUCAGUGGUUUUGAGAUGAAAAGAGAGGUUUUUACCAAUUCACAUUUCAGACUUUCACCCAAAUUGUCCCUGUCUCCAUGAUACUGUUAGUUCUUUACCUAUUUAGAUUCUUUUCCCCACCUACCAACCCCCUUUUUUUUGUUCUAUCUUUAAAAUGGGGAACAGGGGAACCUUUCAUCCUUCAGGUCUUUAGCCAUAUUGAGAAUCCAUUAGUCCUCUUUACUAUUAAAGUUGUACUUAAUAAACUGCUAAUGCUCAGAGCUUUGUCCCUCAGUUCAGGUGACUUGACUUGUGACAAAUAGGCCUGGUGAUCUUUAGACCACGCAUACAAUCUUUCCUGAAGGAAGAUUUAAGUUUAUAGAAUAUAUGCUUGGAAGCCCUUGCCAUUGAAUUAAACCCGAUUCUCUUUUG